AUGAUUCCGGAAGCAUGGACUCAGCGAAGGUUUGCGGAUGGUGUGCUCCAGACAAACAUCAGGAAAGACGUCAUGAAAGUUCGAUUGGUGAUCGGCCUCCUCACAGUCGCUACUUUGGGAAGUUUCACUUCGAUCAUGGCCGAGGGCUCCCUGGUUAAUACACGACACAGAGCCUCCUUGUGUCGAGACUGGAAAUUUAGGGAAGAAAGCAUGCAAGAUUGUAACGGUGUAGUCGUAUCUUUCCCGACAGUGGUGCUCAUUACUUCCAUUCUGUCGUUCGCCACUCUUGCCAGCCUCCUAUGGCUCGCAGUCCACAUGGUCACAUCUGAUCUUACCAGAGGUGGAAGCGAUUUGUCAACCAUGCUCGUCAUCUAUCUCGUUAUCAAGGUCAUCUUCCUGGGACUGCAUGCCACAUUUAUCGUGAUGACCUGGCACUCGAAAGUAGCAACACCGCAGGGAUUUGGAUUCACAAUCCUCGGAAUUGAUAUAAUGAUGGUCAUGCUUGCUUCCUGUACAUGGGCGAAGGUUGUGCGCAUGCAGCAGCAAAUGACAGAAGCAGUCCGCUCUCGCAAUGCGGAAGCUCGAUCCGCUUGCAUGAAGAAGUUGCCGACUGCUGCGUACAAAGACAUGCCGAGCCCUUUGGGGCUGCCCAGGCUCCAGGAGAAUUGCGUCAUUUGCCUCAGCGACUUCGAGCCAAAUUGCACAGUUACUCGACUUGCAUGCGGCCAUGUAUUUCAUGCGACCUGCAUCAAGAAUUGGCUGGUCGAUGCUGCACAUGACAGCUGUCCAUAUCGUUGCCAAGAAGAUCCGUUGGAGAUUGCGGAUGUGAACGAUGACGCCCGACCGUGA